AUGGGGUGCAUUAAUUUACAGAUGAGAGGUUUGCUAUUGAAAAUGCAGAAGAAUAUGCAUGGAAAGGUCGGAAAUGAUAGUGUACUGGAAAUGUAUAAAUCAGAUUCUUGUGCACCUUUAUCGCCGGCAAAUCCCAUCAAUACUCAGGAGACAGUUGGAUGUGGAACACGAUGGUGGUUAUUUGUUUCCAUUCCUAUCAAGGAUUCAGCUGCUAGAUAUUAUUCCUUAUCAAUGGCAAUCUUCUCGUUGAUAUCGGAAAACUCACAAACAAUUAGGUAA